GAGAGAUAACCGCAAAGAGAGAGAAAGUAAAAUCCCCAAUGUCAAAGAGAGAGGGAUUUGCAGAGAGAGAAGAAAGACAGCAAAAGGUCUCGAUUCUCCGCAUUCAGAAACCCUAGAAUUCGUCCACACCAGAAGGGUGGAGAAAGACGCAAACAUCCUCCUUUGAUUUCCUACCCCUACUCUCACAUAAAAAUCCUCUCUUUCAGCAACAUUUUAGACAUUUCUCUUACUAGAUUCCGAUCCACGGCUGCGAUUUUCACGGCGGGUUUGCUUUCGACAGUCUGCACUCAAAUUUGAUAUCGGGAUUUUGGAUUCGUAAGAUUCGAUCUUCCAUUGUUUCCAUAGGAGGGCAGAUUGAGGGCGCUUCUGUAAUUUCUGUUUUUCUUCGUUUGUAUUUGUUUAUUCAAAUUCAGAUUGAGUUUAUUUUAGUUCGAUCCGAGGGUGAUUAUUUUUUCACAUUCGAGGAGGGCUUUGAUUCGUUUGCGAUUUCUCUGGUUUUCCAUUUGGCAGUGUUUGUUGUGUAAUUUCUCCUUUAGAAGUUGAAUUGAGGGUAGAUUUUCAGAUUUAUUCGCAUCUGCAUUCAUUGAAUUGGACGGAUUACGAAUCGGUACUGGUUUGGAUUGUGGCCCGUUUGGUUUCUGGUAUCGAGUUGUUAGAGAGAAUUUUCUGGGAUUGUGGAUGAGAGGGUGUUUGGGGAGAGGAGGGAGAUGAGAGGGAGAGGUUUGGUUUGGGAGGGACUACGAUGACUGGAGGGUCAUUGGGUCUACGCAGUACAGGGAGUUAUGGGUCAUUGCAGCAACACCUGCAGAACAGUUUCGUGUUGCCGAUUCAGACGACGCCCGUCACGGUUCGCAAGCCGUCGAAGAUGCUCCUUCCUGGGGGGUCGAGGGAGAAAGAGAGGCUCUUCCCUUGGAUCUUCAAGAUGGCCUGCAGGAGGCGGGUCGGGAUGCUCCUCUUGGUGGUUGUUUCCGUCGGGGUUUUCAUGUCCCUCAUGUCUGCCGUUAGUAAAGAUGAAGAUGUACCAGAGGGCCCUGAUGCAGACCAAAGAUCUUCUCAGCGUUUCACCAUUGUGUCCAACAACAACAACAUCUCAAGUCAGUACGAUUCCCCACUAAUAUCCGCAGAACAAGAUAGUAAGAGGGAAAAUAAUUCUUCUUUACUGAAGAUGCGGUCAUUAAUUAUUGAAAAUAAAACCUUGCCUCGUCCUCUUCUCAUUCGUGCUGGUGCCCUUCCUCCUCCUCCUCCUCCACCUCCACCUCCACCUCCACCUCCUCCUCCUCCUCCACCUCCACCUCCACCUCCACCUCCUCCUCCUCCUCCUCCUCCUCCUGCCAUUCAUGCUGGGGCCCUUCCUCCGCCUCGUCCUCCUGCCAUUCAUGCAGGGGCCCUUCCUCCUGGACAUCCUUGUGAAAAUUUCGCACUCCCACCUCCACCGGCAGAUAGAAAACGGACUGGCCCACGUCCUUGUCCUGUCUGUUACCUUCCUGUUGAGCAGGCCAUGGCCCGUAUGCCGACUACUCCAUCAGUUUCUCCUAUACUUGAGAAUUUAACAUACAUUACAGAAGAAACUCCAAUUAGUCCUCCACCAUUUGGAGGCUCUCCUUUUGGUGGAUAUCCAUCUCUGCAACAGAGGAACGAUUCUUUUGAUAUAAAAGUGUCCAUGAGUGUACACUGUGGAUUCGUUAAAGGAAAUAGACCUGGUCACCAGACUGGAUUCGAUAUUAAUGAUGUUGAUAUUCUUGAAAUGGAGCAAUGCCGUGGAAUAGUUGUUGCAUCAGCUAUAUUUGGAAACUAUGACAUAAUACAACAGCCAAGAAAUAUUAGUGAGGCUGCAAAGAGAAAUGCUUGCUUUUAUAUGUUUGUGGAUGAAGAGACAGAAGCAUAUAUAAAGAAUUCUAGUGCACUUGACAGCACUAACAGGGUGGGACUAUGGAGAGUUGUUGUCGUUCACAACCUUCCUUAUGCUGAUCCAAGACGUACUGGAAAGGUUCCGAAGCUUCUACUACAUAGGAUUUUCCCAAAUGCUCGGUAUUCUAUAUGGAUUGAUGGAAAGCUUGAGCUUGUUGUGGAUCCAUAUCAAAUUUUGGAAAGAUUCUUGUGGCGGAAGGGCUCCACCUUCGCAAUCUCCAGGCAUUACAGACGCUUUGAUGUUUUUGAUGAAGCAGAGGCUAAUAAAGCCGCUGGAAAGUAUGAAAAUGCCUCCAUUGAUUACCAAUUAGAGUUCUAUAAGAGGGAGGGCUUGACACAUUAUUCUUCGGCUAAGCUUCCAAUUACGAGUGAUGUUCCUGAAGGUUGCGUGAUCAUUAGGGAACAUAUCCCCAUCACCAACCUCUUCACCUGCCUCUGGUUCAAUGAAGUUGAUCGUUUUACUUCUAGGGACCAAAUCAGUUUCUCCACUGUUAGAGACAAAAUAAUGUCGAAGGUGGAUUGGAGUGUCAACAUGUUUCUUGACUGUGAAAGGCGCAACUUUGUUGUUCAGGCAUACCAUAGGGACAUGUUAGAGCAAAGGAGACCGGUUGCUGCUGCUAUACAUCCUCCUCCACUGGCUUGGCCAAAUGAAGCAACCAAAAGAUCACCGCCAGAGCUUGUUCUUGAUACGGUUGCAAGAACGCCGCCGAUGAGGAAAACUCCUGGGAGGCGUGGAAGAGAGAAGAGACCAAGGCGUCACCGCAUGAGAUCUGCUAUUGAUAGGGAUACCAAUUCAUUCUAAAAUUUUGGAACAUUUUUUUUUUUUAAAAAUUGCUGUUUCAAAAUAUUAUUAUUCAUUUGCAUGAGCAGGAGGAUUUGGGGGCAGCUGAGAGUGUUGUAGGGUAUGAUUUAGAGAGGAGGGAGAAGGACAAAAGCUCUUCUUUUUUUCUUUUUCUUUUUCUUUUUCAUUUUUUAUGGGACUGUUGAUAUCUAUUCUUUUUGGGUUGUAAGUGUAAAUAUUUAUUUAAAAAAUAAAUAGCAUGAGUUGCUGCCCUUCCCACAA